AGCUAAAGAACCUGCAAAUUCGAGUCCAGUUCGGAUCUUUGUCCCAACAAGUCUUGGAUUCUUUUUUUUAUUUCGAUCGUCAUCUUCCUUUCGACGCCCUGAUUGGCUUUGCGGGAAACAGUUGGGCUAUAUUCCAUCAAGCCAGGCUUCGUUCAGCGCUUUUGCCAGAUUUAAGCUAAUCAUUCCACUUGGAACUUGCGCCUUCAAUUUUCAAGGUUGAUUUCCUGGUGAGCUGACAUGGCGCCGCGAGGAUUUGCAAACCCAGCUCCGAAGACCGAAUCGGCACGCUCAGCUCUCAGCUCCUUCACCUGCACUCUGUGCAAUAAAUCCUACUCCCGACACCCGGAAUACGAAGCCCACAUUUCAUCCUACGACCACCAACACCGCAAACGCCUGCAGGAUCUCAAGCAGUUAUCGCGCGACCCCAAUGCAGCCGAGAAAGCACGACGGGCGGAGAGAAAGGCCGAUGCCGAAGCCGGACUAAGAGUUCUCGAUACAGGCAAGGCCUUCUCCGGCGCAGGACCCGGAAAUAAUAGUACCGGUGGUGCUACCAGUAGCAGUACCGGUGGUGGCGGCGGCGGCGGGGGCUUCAAGAAGGGAGGGUUCAAAAGCUCUUUUACCAAAGUGAAGGGUCCGGUUUCUGCGGCAGCGCCGACGAAGAAGAAUGUGCUCGGAGACGACGACGACGACGACGAUAACGACGGCGACGAGGGGAUCAACGGCGAGGAUACGACUAAUGCCGCCGCCGCUCAGCCCUCGCAUCCCGUGCAGGAAGACCAGGCCGAAAGCGACACCGAAGAAGAGUACCUGGCUGAGACCGUCGGUGGGGGAUACUAUGAUCCUCGAAAACCGACCGACUGCUUUCCUGGCUGUGCAGGCGUGCAGGCUUCUACGGCGUGAUCCAAACUCCGAGGUCGGAUAUUAGGGACGACCGAUUUGAUGGGAUGGAUGGGAGCUGUACACUUAAGGGCGUUAUAUCGGUGUGCUCAAAUGGCGCUUGUUUUCUCUUUAUUUCUGAGGAUUGUAUAAACCUAUGCGGACGAAUUAAGUAUGACCAAUUUUUUUUUUUUUUAUUUAUUU